GGUGGUUUCGGCCAUGUUUCUUGUGUUAAUGAUGUUGUUUGGAGCAGGUUGUCAGGGCACAAGGGUUCCCCUUCCCAGCAACUCAGCCUUUGUUAGAACAAGCGGGUCUCAUUUUGUUCUCCACGCUUCUUCACCUUUUCUCUUCAAUGGCUUCAAUGCCUAUUGGAUGAUGCACCUCGCUUCCGAUCCCAUCCAACGCUACAAAGUCUCUCAUGUCUUCAGAGAAGCUUCUGCUGCUGGACUCACCGUUUGCAGGACUUGGGCAUUCAGCGAUGGCGGCGACCGCGCCCUACAAAUUUCGCCCGGAACCUACGAUGAAAGAGUCUUCCAAGGACUAGACUUUGUGGUUUCUGAAGCAAGCAAGUAUGGUAUUCGGUUGAUAUUGAGCUUCGUCAAUAAUUACAAUGAUUUUGGGGGUAGACAGCAGUACGUCCAAUGGGCUAGAAAUGCAGGAGUUCAAAUCAACACCGAAGACGAUUUUUAUACACAUCCUGUGCUCAAAGAUUAUUACAAGAACCACAUCAGGAAAGUUGUAACAAGAUUCAACACCAUUACUAGAAUGGCGUACAAGGAUGACCCGACGAUCAUGGCAUGGGAACUCAUAAAUGAGCCCCGUUGCCAAAUUGAUUACUCUGGAAGAACCCUUAACGGGUGGGUGGAAGAAAUGGCGGGAUUCGUGAAGUGGUUGGACAAGAAACACUUGGUUGAGAUAGGGAUGGAAGGAUUCUACGGAGACACAAUGCCAGAAAGGAUGCAAUUAGUAAAUCCAGGGUACCAAGUUGGAACUGAUUUCAUCACUAAUAAACAUGUGGUUUGGUUAUCGGGGAAAAGUGAUGAUGAACAAAUGGGAUUCAUGGAGAGAUGGAUGUCCAGUCAUUUGGAAGACGCCAAAACAAUAUUGAAGAAGCCAUUAGUAAUUGCUGAAUUUGGAAAGUCGAGUAAAGACCCUGGAUUCAGUUUGAAUCAAAGAGAGGUGUACAUGGAGAACGUGUACAGAGAUAUAUACAGAUUUGCAAGACGUGGAGGUGGUACCAUGAGUGGAAGCCUGGUUUGGCAGCUUAUGGCUCAAGGCAUGGAUGGAUACCAUGACGGCUAUGAAAUCAUCUUAUCCCAGACCCCAUCCACUGCUCGGAUCAUCUCAAGGCAAUCUCAUGCCAUGAAUACAUUGUCCCAUUUGUUCACCAAUAAUCAUCGUCUACAUGCAACAAACAUUAAUGCAACCGCCGGGAAAUCCACCACUACCACUACUCCAUGAACAAAUUAUCACAUCCAUCCAUCAUUUAUUCAAAAUAAGACGGACGGAUCAUGGAUAGGAACAUGCAUCAAUGUCCAUCAGACAGACUAGUACAUAGUUGCGUACGUCACGUGUGGUCUGGUAGGGGGCCCAUAUAUAGAUAUAGUUGUAGGGGUAUAUGAAUUGUAGGAGAAGCAAAAAGCAAAGCAAACGUCACAGAAUAUUAAGUGCUAUAUUUAUAAUUGCUUGCACGAAGCAAUUCAUAACAUGCAUGGGAUAUGCAGAGGCAGUUUUCCCAGUUAUACAAUUCCCAACGUCCGCCCCCAUACAUGAUAUUCAGCAA